AUGACUAUCACCAAAGUCUACAUUGUAUAUUAUUCUUUGUAUGGACAUGUGGACACUAUGGCAAGAGAAGUAUACAAGGGGGCAGCUUCAAUUGAAGAUGUUGAAGCAACACUCUGGAGGGUACCUGAGAUUCUGUCGGAUCAAAUAUUGGAAAAGAUGAAAGCCCCUCCUAAACCAGAUGAUAUACCUGACAUCAGACCAGAACAACUUGUGGAAGCAGAUGCUUUGAUAUUUGGUUUUCCUUCUCGUUUUGGUGUGAUGCCAAGCCAGCUCAAGGCCUUCUUCGACGCUACUGGUGAGUUGUGGGCGUCACAAGCACUCGCAGGCAAACCUGCUGGAAUCUUCUGGAGUACUGGAUUUUAUGGGGGAGGCCAAGAAUUGUCGGCAUGGACAGCUAUAACUCAGUUAGCUCAUCAUGGCAUGCUUUUUGUUCCUCUUGGAUACACCUUUGGCAGUGGCAUGUUUGAGAUGGACGAGGUGAAAGGAGGCUCGGCAUACGGCGCUGGAACUUUUGCAGGAGACGGAACUCGUCAACCGACAGAGCUAGAGCUUCAGCAGGCUUGUUACCAGGGUAAAUACAUUGCUGAAAUUGCAAAAAAGUUGAAAAGUUAA